UCACAGUCUAGUAAAUAGACCCAAUAUUCUGCAGAGAUAAAAGGGGCAGCUGUGAUUCUAAGAGCUUAUAUUGUCCAAGGCACUACACAAGUGGCAUAGGAGACCAUACUGAAUAAAUUACACCUGAAGUUUUAAACAUUAGCUCAUAAAAGCAUUUCAGCCACCAUGGAGCCUGCUGGCUCUGACGCUUUGGAAUACCUUUCUAAUGCAAUGAAUAUCCAGGAUGCCUUUACUGUAAUGAGAACUUACCACCUGGCAUCAAUGCUAGAAAAUUGCCUAUACAAUGCAAAAUGCACUAAACUCCAUUGUACAAAAAUCCUUGUGCCCAAAGGACUACUCACAAGAGUGGCACAGGAGAUUCUCAAAUUCUCUUUAACUGAGCCCUGUGGACUACGAGGAUGCAUUCUUCACGUGAACUUAGAAUGUGGUGGCAAGAAUUUAACGCUAGAUACAUUAGCGUAUGACUCCGCAGUUGAGCCUACUUUUGAAGUGAACUUGGUUUUAAAACGAGAAAGUCAAUUAUGGGACCAUCUCAAUGACUUUCAUAUCCCUGGAACUUGGUUUCUAAGUCUUUUCAGAGGCAUCGUAAAACUUAGUCCCAAGUUCUUACUUACAAAAAACGUAUUAUACUUUUCAGUUGGCGGAAGUAAAGAUUGCUAGUCAGGCCUAGCUUCCAGUUCCUAAGUGUAUUUACCUGAUUGAUUGUGAAUAUAUUGUCAUAAAACUGUAUUUGUACUUAGCAGAUGUAAAGAGAGAUUUAUAAAUACCAUUUUUGUUUGCAAUUUUUCACUGUUAUAUUCUUACUACACAGGUAUGGAUCCCUUAUCCAAAAAACAUUAUCCAAAAAGCUCAGUUUUAAGCAAAUAAUUAGAAUUUCUAAAAAUAAUUUCCUUUUUUUAUUUAAAAAUAAAACAGUAGCUUGGCAACUAGGCUGCAUAAAAUCGAUAUUGGCAAACUUAAUAAAAUGUAAUAUUUUAUUGAUUUUAAUGAUUUUUGGCAGAUUUAAGGUAUGGUAAUCCAAAUUAUGGAAAGGCCCCUUAUCUGGAAAACCCCAGGUUCCAUACAUUCUGGUGGAUAGAUCCUUUACCUGUACAGCACAUUCUUUAAAUAGAAAAACACAGAGCAGGUUUUAUGAACACUAAGGGGCAGAGUUAUAGAAUAGCUGUAGAAUAGCUAAUUAACUAUUAGAAUAGUUAAUUCUAAUUUGAAUUUAAAUUUCCGUUUCAAAAUUCCCACUUUUGAAUUUUAACUCCCCUAUUCAAAUGUAAAUUCGAAUGAAAGAUUUAUCACACCUUGACCAUGGAAACAGAACUAAUUUGAAUAUUC